GACCGUGACAGACAGGGGGCGUGGCCGUGGUAGAGGACGUGCACAUAAACCGCAGGCUAAAUAGAUAAUAAAAUUACAUCUCCAUUUUGUCUUCUUCAUUUGGUGCACGGAGAAACUUCAGCUGCUUCUUCUGCUGCUGCUUCUUCUUCAUCUUGAAACUCGGGACGCUUUGCAACUUAGACUCACCAUAAAAGUGUGAGUGUGGGCGAUGAUGGUUGUUCGUCUCUGUGUGCCCUGCGAUCGAUUGGCAACCGAUUCAGGGUGUCCCCCACCGACUGCCCGAAGACAGCUGCGAUAGGCUCCAGGUUCGAUUCCGGCUCCGGCCUUCCUGUAUGGAGUUCGCAUGUUCUUCCGGUCCCGACGUGGGUUUUCUUCGGGUACUCCACUUUCCUCCCACAUUCCAAAAACGUGCAUGGCAGGUUAAUGGAACAUUCUAAAUUGUCCCUCGGUGUGAGUGUGAGCACCGAUGGUUGUUCCUCUAUGUGUGUCCUGCGUUUGGCUGACAACCAGUUCAGGGUGUACCCCGCCCACUGCCCGAAGACAGCUGGGGUAGGCUGCAGCCUGCGGAGCGACUCUUGUGAGAAUAAGCGGAUGAGAAAAUAGAUGGGUGGAUGGAUAAUCACGACCCACUACUGACUAGCUGAGUAGCAUGGCGAACACGAGUUGGUUUCAGCUCCGAUGUUACUUCACAAAGCAAAAGUCGCGUCUUCGCUAGAGACGUGGCGGAAUUUGAGCCUCGGCCAUGCAGCCGCAGGAGCGUCUUCUCAAAGUGCUGGUCAUCGGCGACCUGGGGGUGGGCAAGACCUCCAUCAUCAAGCGCUACGUGAACCAAGUGUUCUCCCAGCAUUACCGGGCCACCAUUGGCGUGGAUUUUGCUCUCAAAGUGCUCCAGUGGGACCAUGCCACGGUGGUGCGUCUGCAGCUGUGGGACAUUGCCGGACAGGAGAGAUAUGGCAACAUGACCCGUGUUUACUACAAAGAAGCUGUCGGUGCUCUGGUUGUCUUCGACAUGACCCGAAUCUCUACCUUCCAGGCUGUCCUCAAGUGGAAAGGAGACCUGGACUCCAAGGUUGCCCUAAGCAACGGGAGGCCGGUUCCGGCUGUCCUCUUGGCCAACAAAUGUGACCAGCGGUGCCUCGGUUUGUGCCCCAAACUCCCCAAACUGGAGAAUUUCUCCCGGGAUUACGGCUUUGUGGGCUGGUUUGAAACCUCAGCCAAGGACAACACGAACAUCGGCGCGGCCAUCUUGUGCCUGGUGAAGAACAUCAUGGCGGUCGAGGAGGAGCGCACGUCCAGGAGCGAGGCCGACGGCACCGUCUUGGUGCUGCCGCACUUGGACGACGGCGCCGGUGACAGGCCGCUAUCGAAAUGCUCCGGAUGCUCUGGACUCAAGUCCCGUGACAAACAUAGAGACUAAAUUUCAAGCAAAAGACUGACGCUACCUUCCAACAGACCAUAGCCGCUAGAUGGCGCCAAUAAACUUCACAACAUCAAUUCACAAUACUUUCCUUGCAGUGGAAGGACAACAUCAGUAGGGGGUGUUAGUGCGCCAUGAUGUUGCUUUGCUUACCGCCAAAAGAGGAACAAGGUAGGACGAUACAUUGAGUAUGGUCGUGUUUUUGGGGCUCUCAUAUCCUGCGUUUGCAACUAAAGUGAAGAGCAAAUGUUAUUACUGUGUGUUUUAUGGAACACAACAAUACAGUUAAGUCUAAUGUCUCUUAUGAAAAAAUAUAGAAAGAAAUGA